CAAAUCUUUCCUGGCUCCUCCUCCAUGUUUUAGACCAAAUAAUUUCCUGACCUGAAUACUAAUCUGUUCAGUUUGAAGUGUAAAUCUCUUUAACUAUGGCUUUAGUGGAAACGCUUCUCCUGAAUGUCUCCAGCACAGGAGCUUUACUCGCUGCUCUUCUGCUGCUUUUGGUUAUUUAUUUCUGCUUCAGGUCUCCAGAAGAUGACCAAGAACCUCCAGGACCCAAACCACUGCCACUUGUGGGAAACCUGCACAUUCUGGACCUUAAACAACUUCAUGUGAGCCUCUGGAAUUUAUCCAAGAAAUAUGGGUCAGUGUUCAAAGUUCAUCUUGGACCCAAAAAGAUUGUGGUUUUGGCCGGAUACAAGACGGUUAAACAAGCACUGGUGAACCAGGCUGACGAAUUCGGGGAAAGAGACAUAACACCCAUAUUCCAAGACAUCAAUAAAGUACAUGGAAUCAUCUUUACAAAUGGUGAUAGGUGGAAAACCCUGAGAAAAUUUGCUCUCUCAACUCUUCGAGACUUUGGGAUGGGAAGGAAACUGAGCGAAGAGAAAAUUAUUCAGGAGACGCGAUAUCUGCGGGAAGUUUUUGAGACCUUCCAAGGAAAUCCUUUUAAUACAACCCAGCCAGUAAAUUAUGCCGUUUCUAACAUCAUCUCAGCUAUUGUUUUUGGAAAUCGGUUCGAAUAUGAGGAUCCAAAGUUUAACGAAAUGGUUGACAGGGCAAACCAGUUCAUCCUCUUGAUGGGCUCUGCUUCCAUACAGAUCUACAACAUGUUUCCAGUGCUUAGGCCAUGGCUGAAGACCUGGAGACUGCUAAUGGAACGUGUGGAGAGCAACCAUGCUGAAAUACAGGUGCUAGUGGAUCGCUUGCGGGAGACUUUAAACCCUCUCAACUGCAGAGGAUUAGUCGAUGCCUUCCUCAUCCAAAAACAAAGCUUAGAGAAAUCUGGAGAAAAUGAUUCGCAAUUUAAUGAUCUGAACCUGCUCAUGACUGUGGCCAACCUGUUUGCUGCCGGUUCUGACACAACCGGCACAACGCUACGCUGGGGUUUACUGCUCAUGGCCAAAUAUCCUCACAUACAAGAUCGGGUUCAUGAGGAAAUUGACAGGGUGCUUGGCGGACGUGAACCGGUUACAGAGGACAGGAAGAAUUUACCUUACACAGACGCUGUGAUCCAUGAAAUCCAGAGACUGGCGAAUAUAGGGCCCUUGAAUCUGCCACAUAAAACCAGCUGUGAUGUGAACUUCAAUGGAUAUCUCAUCAAGAAGGGGACGUGUGUCCUUCCACUGCUGACGUCUGUUUUGAGAGAUGAGAGCGAGUGGGAGACGCCCGACACUUUUAACCCUGAACACUUCCUCAAUGAGAACGGUCAGCUGAUCAAACGUGAUGCCUUCUUGCCCUUCUCAGCAGGACGCAGGAUUUGUUUAGGAGAGGGUUUGGCCAGGAUGGAGCUCUUUCUGUUCUUCACUUCUCUUCUUCAGUGUUUUCACUUCACUCCUCCACCUGGAGUCUCUGAAGAUGAAUUGGAUCUCACACCAGUUGUGGGUCUCAUCUUGAACCCCUCACCACACAAGCUGUGUGCAGUCAGUAGGGGAGAAAAACACAACCUCAAGUUAUAAAUCCAAAGGCAGAAUAACUAGUUAAAUAUACCUCAUGAUUGUAAAACCUAAAGACUCUUACAGUGGCGUCCAGUGACUUCAUUUCCGAGGGCGAACAUCUCUUUUCUCAUAAACCAUUUUGACACACGUGCAGCAGGCUCGUAUUUUGACAAGUCACAUGAUCGGACACACAUUUUGAAAUUUUGCCCCUCGGAAGAGAAGUCAUCGGCCACCACUGGACACUUGUUUCACAUUAUAAGACUCUUAGACUAUUAUAUUAUCUCAUUAGCUUUUACAUUACACAUGUACAUUCUGUGCCUUAACAUAUUCAAUUGUAUUUCAAGUAAGACCACUUAUUUCCUGUGUCUCGUCACUUAUUACACGAUCCCUUACCUGUUAUUAAUUUUCAGCUGUUCCCCUCAUUAGUUCUCUCUAUUUAAUGUCCCUGUGCUGUUUGUUCUGUGCUUGUGUGUUUGUCUAACUGUGAGUAUCGUGUCUGAAAAUAUCUAGUCUAGUUUGUUAUCUCAUACAGUCUGUUUGUAGUGAUGUUCUUGUUUAGUCAGUGUUUUGUUUUCUAGUAUUUGUGAUGUUUUGCCCCUCAUGGGUUUUGUUUUGCUGUUCUAGUGGUGGGCAGAGCGAGGCUUUGUGAAACACUGAAACAGUUGAAUCAAUUGUGCAGUAUGUUUCGAGGCUUUGAAACAUCAAUUUGAAACCGCCUCCAGUGACACCUAGCAGCCUUAGCAAGAUUUUAGAAGAGCGCUGACAAAUUUUAUCUCACAUGUUGUUUGAUUGACACAUAACUGAUAGAAUGGGAGAGUGUAUAGUCUUCUUGACUCUCAUGCAAAGAUCUUAGGAUCGAACCUGGGAAAUGCAUACGCUACGUCAUCAUAAUAAAAUGCCUUUUGUUGUUGUUGUUGUUUUAACAUCUGUUUGACAACUACAUGAGCUUUUAGGCUCACAAUUGUCGAUAACUAUAGGCUAUUUGGGUCUAUUUAAUAAAAAAAAAUUAAAUAGAGAUAUACCAAAUAAAUAAUAGAAAUUCAUAAAAUAUAUCAAGCCAUAAUAUGCCACAUUGUUUACAUAUAAAGAUCUUUAUUCAGAAAUAUAAAUUGUUCUGUGUUGAUGGACUCAGCCAGCAUCUUUUUUGUACAUAUAAUUUCUCCAGCCUUUGAAAAAAAUUCUCACACAAGGGACACUUGUUGCUGACAUGCAAUUUUUUGUAAGUAGCCUAACUGUUACAUACAAAUGAGGAAAAAUUACUUAUUUUCCGUAAUUUUAGAGUAUUUGAUCUUGGCAAAAAUGCAUCUAUGAUGUAUUGUCAGAUUUGUUUCCUACCCUGUCAGUUUAAGAUUCGAUGCAGAUUCAACAGGUACGCCACCUUUCGUGACUUUGGUAUUUCGAAUCACUUCAUCACGUGAUAUGGGUGUUUCGAAGCAUCUACGCUUCAGGAGAUCGACACGGUGUCAAAACGUCAGUUUCGCCGCAGCCAUCCCUAUGCUGUUCUUGUGUCGUGUUAAAGUCAUCAGUUUUUUGUAUACAUCUGUCUGCGCCUGGGUUCUUGCCUUGCCAUUCCUGACAGUGAUAUUAUCAAAAAACUUCUAUGUAUCUUUGUUUGGGCAUUUAAUGAUUGAUCAGUGAAUGUGAUACCUGGGUUUAGAUACAGCAGGGAAAAUAAGUAUUUGACACAUCAGCAUUUUUAUCAGUAAGAGGAUUUCUAAGUGGGCUAUUGACACAACAUUUUCACCAGAUGUAGCCAUCAAGCCAAAUAUUGAAUUUAUACAAAAGAAAUCAGAACAUUUAAGUAUACAAGUUGGGUCAUAAUAAAUAAAGUGAAAUGACACAGGGAAUAAGUAUUGAACACACUUUAUUCAACAUUUUGUAGAAAAGCAUUUGUAUGUGAUUACACACUGAAGCAGAGAAACAAUAGUUGAGUAAAACUGGAUAUGUAAAGUUCAGGAAUGCACUUGCAAGAGGAGAUCAGAAGGUAAACAAGGAUAACAGGUAAGUCCAAGAUAAGGAGUACGGGUGAGUCUAGAGUGUUACUCAAUGUUAAUGAUACUUCCUUGGCAGGACUCGUCUUUCCAAGUAACUUCCUUCAGAGGCAUUAAUGUAAAGCUUAUUUAUUUAACUUUGAUAACAACACACAUGGUUUUGUGGUCCUGUUUCACAUAUGUUUACAUUGCAAAGGGUCCUGUGCAGUAAUACACAGAAUAUUAAGUGCAGCGAUCAUAGCUGUGAUUUAUAGUAAAUAAAACACAGCUACUGACCAAUCAGAAUCAAGGACUGGAACUGUUAUAUUUAUCCAAAACCUUAUGCAAAACUUGGAAGGCAUUCAAGAGACAUACUUUAUCCGUGUAACUUAAUCCGGAUGAGAUCAUUUAAACCCAUGAGCUGUUGAGCGCUUACCCAAUGCUGUUCCAAAUCAAAUGAGUUUCAUUCAUAUUUUGAUUAGAAUAAAUUUUGAAGAUUAGUCACAGAUUCACUUUACAAAAUAAAUCAUGACUCUUCAAUAAAUAAUGAUGAGAAACCUCACAAUAACCAUCAGUAUACAGAAUUCAUUCAUGCUAUAUGGUC